AGCGGAGCAGCGGCCAGCUCCGGCGGGCGGACGCUGGAGCGCAGCGCUGCCCUAUCGGUCCGCGGAGCGUCCAGAGCUGGAAGCCGUGCGCGGCUGCGGGAGGCAGGCGAUGGGGGCAGGUGCCGCUGGCCGUGUCAUGGAUGGGCCGCGCCUACUGCUGCUGCUGCUCCUGGGGGUGUCCCUCAGUGGUGCCAACGAGGCAUGCCCCACAGACAUGUACACCCACAGUGGCGAGUGCUGCAAAGCCUGUAACCUGGGUGAGGGCGUGACCCAGCCCUGCGGAGCCAACCAGACCGUGUGUGAGCCCUGCUUGGACAGCGUGACGUUCUCCGACGUGGUGAGCGCCACGGAGCCAUGCAAGCCGUGCACCGAGUGCGUGGGCCUGCAGAGCAUGUCUGCACCGUGCGUGGAGGCAGAUGACGCCGUGUGCCGCUGCGCCUACGGCUACUACCAGGACGAGACGACAGGCCGCUGCGAGGCAUGCCAAGUAUGCGAGGCGGGCUCGGGCCUCGUGUAUUCAUGCCAGGACAAGCAGAACACCGUGUGCGAGGAGUGCCCCGACGGCACCUACUCCGACGAGGCCAACCACGUGGACCCGUGCCUGCCCUGCACCGUGUGCGAGGACACGGAGCGCCAGGUGCGCGAGUGCACGCGCUGGGCCGACGCCGAGUGCGAGGAGAUCCCUGGCCGUUGGAUUACACGGGCCACCCCUCCAGAGGGUUCAGACAGCCCAGAACCCACCACCCAGGAGCCAGAGGGACCUCCAGAGCUUGACCCCAUGGCCAGCACUGUGGCAGACAUGGUGACCACAGUAAUGGGCAGCUCCCAGCCCAUGGUGACCAGAGGCACCACUGACAACCUCAUCCCUGUCUAUUGUUCCAUCCUGGCCGCUGUGGUUGUGGGCCUCGUGGCCUACAUUGCCUUCAAGAGGUGGAACAGCUGCAAACAGAACAAACAAGGAGCCAACAGCCGUCCAGUGAACCAGACGCCCCCACCUGAGGGUGAAAAACUCCACAGUGACAGCGGCAUCUCUGUGGACAGCCAGAGCCUGCACGACCAGCAGCCCCACACGCAGACAGCUGCAGGCCAGGCGCUCAAGGUUGAUGGAGGCCUCUACAGCAGCCUGCCCCCGGCCAAGCGCGAGGAGGUGGAGAAGCUGCUCAACGGCUCUGCGGGUGACACAUGGAGGAACCUGGCGGGCGAGCUGGGCUACCAGCCGGAGCACAUAGACUCCUUCACCCAUGAAGCCUGCCCGGUCCGUGCCCUGCUUGCCAGCUGGGCCGCCCAGGACAGCGCAACGCUCGACGCCCUCCUGGCUGCCCUGCGCCGCAUCCAGCGAGCUGACAUUGUCGAAAGCCUGUGCAGCGAGUCCACUGCCACGUCCCCCGUGUGAGCCCAUGGGACCCCCCCGUCCUGCCCCCACAUUCUGACUGAUGCUCCAGCCCACCCCACGGAGCACGCAGCC